AUGUCGCUGCUCCAAUUCCUCCGACAAGCUCGCCAGGUGCAUCUCCAGUACCUUGCGGGGGCCUUGCCCGAGCCGCCCAUCUACGUGCUGGGCAAUCCCUCCGCCGACCUGGACUCGAUCGUCGCCGCGAUUGUGUACUCCUACUGGGCCAACAACCGCCUCCCAACCACCACCCCGCGACCCCACGUGCCUCUCCUCAAUCUCCCCAAUGUGCGCGCCGGCCCCGAUCUCUGCCGGCUGCGGCCAGAAUUCGUCACUGCGCUGUGGUUGUCCACAAAUGCCCCUCCCCUGCGGCCCGACGAGCGCUUCGAUAACAUGUCCGAGUCCGCGGGGAAGCUGCUCGGCGAGCAUCUCGUGACCGUGGCGGACUAUGCGCAGAGCCUGAGGGAGUCAUCCACGAACAAGAAACUGCUUGCCGAUGCGGUGAUGGUCGAUUGGAAUGCGAUGCAGGAACGCGUGGAAGGGAAACGAGGCUACGGGUCGGUGAGCGGGCUGGAGGAGGUGACCUUCCGCACGGUGGGGUGUAUCGACCACCACGUCGACGAGCACUUCGUCCCCCGGCCGAAUGACCUCCCACCCAGCCAGCCGUUCAUCAUCCAGCCUGGCCCGGGCUCAUGCUCAUCCCUGGUCACCCACGAGCUCUGGAAACGCGGUUUCUGGUCCACCAGCCCAGAAGCGGCCGCGGAGAUCGCGCAGGUCGCCAAGCUCACUCUGGCCCCCAUCCUCAUCGACACGUCAAACCUGACUGCCGAAGGAAAGGUGAAGGACGUCGAUGUCCAGUCUGUGCACUUCCUGCGCCAGUCGGUGGCGGCGGUGGCGGCGGCGACGGCAAAUUCCACAUGGGAUAUGGAGGCAUUCUACGAGCAGAUCCACGAUGCGAAGAACAACAGUCUGGAUCUGCUGAACCCGGAAGAGAUCCUGGACCGUGAUUACAAGGACUGGACUGAGACAACCCAGUCCACGGCACAAACUGUCAAGCUCGGGUUUUGCUCGUCCGUCAAGCCCAUUCGCUGGAUCAUCCAGAAGGCUGGCGGGCCUCAGCAGUUCUUGGAAGUCGUCCGCAAAUUCGCGGCCACGGAAGAUAAAGAGCUGGAUGUGGUGGUUGUAAUGACAUCUUUUACCUCGGCCGAGAAUGAGCAUGCUCGAGAACUCUUCAUCUGCGCAUCGCAUGACAGCGGCAGUGCAGUGGACGGCAUCAAGAAGUUCAUCACGGAUUCGACCUCACUUGGCCUCAUGGAGUGGACGCCCCUGGAUGGGGAGUGUGUUGACCUGGUUGAUGCCGAUGUUCGAUCUACGCUGAAUGGAGACAACGGGGCCUGGAGGCACCUGUGGGUGCAGACGAAUGCCACCGCAAGCCGGAAACUAGUGGCACCCAUGUUACGGGAUGCAGUCGCAAAACUAUAG